UUUCCCCUUGGCUCUGGGACAAGGGCAACCUUGCCCAGCCUGUCCUUGCCCUCGGUCCUGGCACCACGCUCAGCCUGGUCACAGCUGCUGCCAUCCCAGGCCCUGACGCCAGUGCGCUCUGGCACGCCCUGCCCUCGGGCACACUGGCAGGAAAGGGCUUAUCGCCUCGGGGCCUCCCGAUAACCUCCCAGGCACAGGGAUAUAAGGGGGGCUCAGGCAGGGGCGCUCAUUUCCCUGACUGCAGCACCAUGAGCGUCCUCUGGCUCCUUUCCUGCUGGGCCCUCCUGGGCUGCGCCUUUGGCUGUGGGGUCCCCGCCAUCCACCCCGUUCUCAGCGGUCUCUCGCGAAUUGUCAAUGGGGAGGAUGCUGUCCCUGGCUCCUGGCCUUGGCAGGUGUCCCUGCAGGACAGCACCGGCUUCCACUUCUGCGGGGGCUCCCUCAUCAGCGAGCACUGGGUGGUCACUGCUGCCCACUGUGGGGUCAGUACCUCCGACGUGGUCGUGGCCGGUGAGUUUGACCAGGACUCAGACGCCGAGGACAUUCAGGUGCUGAAGAUUGCAAAGGUUUUCAAGAACCCCAAGUUCAACAGCUUCACCAUCAGCAAUGACAUCACCCUGCUGAAGCUGGCCACGGCCGCCCGCUUCUCUCAGACCGUGUCCGCCGUGUGCCUGCCCAGCGAAAACGACGACUUCCCUUCAGGGUCCCUCUGUGCCACCACAGGCUGGGGCAAGACCAAGUACAACAAUGCCAACACCCCUGAGCGGCUGCAGCAGGCGGCCCUGCCCCUCCUGUCCAAUGCCGAGUGCAAGAAUUUCUGGGGCAGCAAGAUCAAGGACACGAUGGUGUGCGCCGGGGCCAGCGGCGUCUCCUCCUGCAUGGGCGACUCGGGCGGCCCCCUGGUCUGCCAGAAGGAUGGAGCCUGGACCCUGGUGGGCAUCGUGUCCUGGGGCAGCAGCACCUGCUCCACCUCCAUGCCUGGCGUGUAUGCCCGCGUCACUGAGCUCCUGCCCUGGGUGCAGGAGAUCCUGGCUGCCAACUGAGCCCAGGGCCCACCCUGGCGUCCCUGCCAGUGCUGCUCUGCACGAAACCUCAAUAAACCUCUUGGGAAAGCUG